GCAACAAGAAAAAGGUCCAAAACAAGUCUAGGUUCAUCCCUAAAUUCCCUAAAGGAAUUUUGGCCGAAAUUCAUGAAAAAAAAUCAGAAAAUCCUUAUAUAAUUUCGGCAAGGAUAUAUACUAAAGGGAUUUAGACUUAUUUUGGAGAGUUUUGAUUGGUUGGACAACACAAUAGGGCUUACUUGGCGAUUUAUUAUUGGUUGGAGUUAUGUGGCAUUUUCUGAUAAUUCUUUGGAAAAUAAUAGAAGAAUCAAGAAGUUUGGAGAGCCUUUUCCGUUUCCCUAUAUAUACUCCCUCAUUCUUGAGGUUGAGGGUUCCACACCCCAUAAUUCAGAAAUUCUCUCCAUAACAUCAAGCUCUCUCUCCAUCCUCUAAUGCAAUCCACGGUUUUCAAGCAAGGAAGAAGAAGAAGAAGCCGUGAGCAUCAUCAUCCAUCCUCCACCUUGAAGACUUGCUUCCAAGAUUCAAGAAUCCAAACACCAAGCAUCCAUCCCUAUCUCCAUCUCACGGUGUGUACCCUCAAUCCCCAGAAUAGAACGAUCCCUAUUUACUAUAUACUAACGAUGACAUCUUAUAGGGUUAAAUUAUGCGCUUGCUCCAAGCGUAUCAAGAUCUGAACUCACUCUUCUACUGGGUUCGCAUCUCCAACAUCCCACCAUUGUUUGAGGUACCAAAUAACUUCCUUGACAUUGCUGCUGUUGCUGGAGAGUAUAUCGAAUAUGAUGAAAAACUGUUUGUGAAUAGUGGCAAGGUGAGGGUUAGGGUUUCCCAUGAAAUAUUAAAACCCUUUUUCCUUCAGAAAACCCUAAAGUUAGCACCUAGGGUGGAGCCUGAGAUUUCAUACUUCUUCGAAAAUCUGGUGGGGAAGUGUCAUGUGUGCAAUCUGAUCUACCAUGAGGAUGAUAGAUGUCCAAGUUCUACAAGCAUUGCUAAGGAUACAUUGAUGCCUAAACCGGGGGAAACAAAGUUGGAAAUUUCAAGCCCUUUUAUUAGCUUCACAACAAAUCAAUUUAUCAAUGGGACUUUCAAGUUUCAAGGCCUAAAGACCCCUAUUCUGCCGGCGGUGGGAAGAAGCCUCUUUGGAAAGGAUAAUGGCAAUGGUCGUAAGCCUCUGGUGUUGCGUGGAAAGGCCAGCAAUGCUAGCCCGAAUAAUUCUUUGGCAAUAGUUCUUAUUGAUCCAUCUAGCUCGGAGAAACACGUUGACCCUGAACCAGUACAAUUAAAGGAUGGAAACAAGAUAAGUAGAUCCCCUUCCCUGUACUCCUCUCCAAAAAAAUUGAAGACUCUCCUUUCUAAGCUUUUUCAACAGCCUGAUCCUAGUAUGGCACUUGCCAAGAAAGUGAAGAUGCCAGAAUUUACUACAAGGAUCUCAACUAAGUCACUGGGAAUGAUUGAGGCACUGAGUAGCAUUUUAGUGCCCAAGGAGCAUCCAUCUGAACAUGCUGCUCCAAAGAAGAAGAGAGGAAGACCAUUGGGAUCCAAGAGCAAGAACCUGCCUAAGACAAAGAAGGUGACAGAAGCUCAAGAACUCUACUAUGCCUAUCUUACUAAACCUCCUAGCUCUAGUGCUAAGGGCAAGGAGAAAAUUUAAUUUUUUUCUUUUAUUUUGACUUGGCCUAUUUACUAUGCUUUAUUCAUAGUUUAUAGGCUCAAUUUGAAUAAGUGAGCAUUAGAUGUUAAAUAGGAGGUGCCAU